AUGACUGAUUUAGAUCUUGAAGAUGUCAAACUCAAUGAUGUAACUAAAACGGUUAGAUUUAAUUUAAAUUCACCCAAAGAAUUUGAUAUGCUAACUGAUACUCCAAUUAAAAUAUCAAAUCAAAUUAUCUCUUUUAAUAUGUUAAAAGAGAAUACCAAUGUUUAUUUGUAUGAAAAUGGCAACGGUGUCAGUUUGGUACUCAGUCAAUAUGAUAUCAACUUAUCAUCUGAUUUCGAUGACCUCCAUGUUAUUUCCGAAGAACUUGAGGAAAUAGAGAUUGCAGGUGUCCCAUCCAAAUUGAAAGUGAAAAAUGCCCUGUGUUCAAAGUUUAACAAAGGAAUGACCGUUGUCUACAAACUUAGUGAAUCAAGUGUCCUUGUUUCAUCGAUAAGAGCAACACUAUUUUGCUUGACCGGUACUGACCAAUUCCAAAUAAUGCCACUUGAUGAAACUUCCGGAUUUAUUUCAUUCAAAAGCAAACCAAUCAAGACUUCAAUCCUUGCCAAUAAGAAUGAGAUAAGUUUGCAGAUGAAUGAAAAUUUAUCAUCUCAUACUACUCCAUCCUCAACACCAACCUCUACUUCACCAAAUUCCAACUCACCUAAUACUCAUCUAACUUCUAAUCAACAAAAACAACCAUCUCAACCAUCUCAACCAACUUAUUCUAAUCCAUCGAAAUCUAUUUCAACAACUCAAGAAAAGACAACUUCAACUACUUCAUCUUCUAAAUCUAAUGAAUCCUCUACCAACCAAGCCCCUAAAUCCAAAAAGGGAAAGGAAAAAUUUGUUGCAACAACCAUUGUAGGCAAGAAUAUGAAUGCGUCUGAUUUGGAAAAGGUGCUAUCUCAGUCGAAAUACAAGGUUAAAUUCAUUACAAUUCGGGCCAAAGUUGCUUAUAUCGAGUUGGAUAGAGAUUCUCAUGCCAAGAUUCUUUCCGAUGAAGGACUAGAAUCUAAAGAUGGUUUUAAGUUUAGUUUUAGAGAUUUCCAAGGAGAGAUUCCUUCAAUCAUUGCGUACCUCUUCCCCUACAAAGAUGGUAUGAAUCUAAAAGAUGUUGCCACCACUAUUGAAAAGAUCAUCAAUGUACCUGUUGGAAAGGUUAGAUUUGAGAAAUCACAUUUAAUCAUCCCACUUUCGUCUUUAGAGGAGAAGAAGCAACUUCUUGAUCUUAGAAGUAUCAAUAUCAAGUAUGCCAAUGUUCGCUCUGAGAGAAGAGAAAGAAAGAAAACAAACGGUCCAAAGUAUUCACACCAAGUUUGGAUAUUCGAUAAAGAAGAUCAGACAAGAAGAAUGGCGUCAAGAUUGAUUGAUGUGCCAGAGUUGAAAGUCAAAUUGUUGGAAGGUUCAAUGAAAGGUGUUCUCGAACAAAUCAACACACAAUUCAAUGCUUCUAUUGAGAUUGAAAAGACUGGUGCCAAUUAUUCAUUGAAAUUAUCAUCACCAUUAGAUAAUAUCAACGAAGCACAAGAGCAACUCAAACAAAAGAUCAACGAUAUCAAAGAAAUCAAUUACUUCUUUAGAGUUGACACUGAUAUCAAGAAGAAUUUGUUGUCUUCCACUAUAAGCUCUAUCUUCAAAGAACUACCCAACAGUAAAUCGAUUAACUACAAAGUAUUAGAUAGAAAAGGUCAAGAUACUUGGACAAUCGAUGUUACAUUCUCUGGUGCUGACAAUGAAGUUAUGGAUAUCCAAAGGUUGUUGAAAGAGGUCGAAGUCGAAGAACAUGAGUUACCACCCAAAGGUUUAUCUCUGGUUUCAGAGUCAGUCAAGCAAGAGUUUUCAGUUAGUUUUCAUCUCGGUGAGAAGUCAAUGAUACUCUGUGGUGAAAAGAAGAACCUAUCCAACUUUAAACAGUGGAUUCAAUCCAAUUUGAAGAAAGACACUCGUGUCGAAAUGGAAAUGUCGCAAGCCGAACUCUUUUUCUUCCAACGUUUGAUCAAAUCUGAUUUCCAUGAUGUCGUCGUAACAGAGACAAAGAAUGGAUUGAUUAUCAAUGGUGAUGAAAAGAAGGUGAAAGAGGCAGAAGAUCAUGUUUUGAAAAUGAAGAAAUCAAUUGAGCAAACUAAUUUUUCAAAAUCAUUUGCAAAAACCCAAUUCUUUCAAAUUUCUCCUUUUUUGAAAGAUUACUUCAAGAAUGAUAUCGUUUACUCUCACUUUGAUAAACCUUUUACUAAAAAGACAAGAUCAAGAGGAAAGAAUAAUAGAUCAACUUCUUCGACAUCAUCAUCUUCUUCUUCUUCAUCUUCAGAUAUCUCAUCAGAUGAAGAUUCAAGUGAUGAAUAUAGUGAAGAUGAAGAGCAAUUCAAAGAAGAAUAUGGAGAUGUGAAAUUUCAAUUGUUUAUUCACCGCGAACGUGACUAUGAGAACCUGAAGAAGAAGGUUGAUGCUCUGAAGAACAUGAAUGAAGGUCGUGCUCAUGAACUGAAAUCAGUUUCCAUCGAUGAACAACGAUUCAUUCUCAAGCAUUUCGCAGACAGGUAUUCCAAUCGUAUUAAAGUUGUUCAACAUCUAAAGUUAGUUGCUAUUCAAGGUCUAUGGCAAUCGGAUGUCAAGAAACUCGUUGCAGAGAUUCAAUCGAAGCGUGAAUCUUUCUCGACUACCGAGCGUCAUAUAAUUGAAGGAGAGCAAUUCAAAUUCAAUUAUCUUAUUGCCAGUACCCAGAGAUUGAUGAAAAUCCAGAAUGAAUUCGAUGUUCAAUUGAAAUACGAUAAGAAAGACCAGAGUAUCAAUUAUCGAGGAACUCAUUCAAACAUCAAGAGAGCCAAGACACACAUUAAAUCGAUUGUCAAGAACUUGAAGAUGGAAAGAUACGAUAUCUCAUCAUACCACCUUACAAUUCACAAUCUAGUUGAUCUAAGAAAAGAGCUGAAUGAGAAAUAUGACGUUGAGAUGGCAUACACCGAAGCUAGAGAUCAUAUCAUCGUCGUUGGUCAAUCGCUAUCUACCUAUUGGAAAGAUAUCAAGUCGUUUUUGGAGAGCAUGGUUCCUGUUGAUAAAGUGUGGCCGUCAAUAGAAGAAAAUCCAAUUAAAGGUCAUCUUGAAUUUCCAGUAAGUUUCUUGCAAUCCAACAAUAUUCUCAAGAUGGAGUUCUUGAAUGAUCAAAAACGAUUCAAAGUCUAUUGCAAGAAUCAAACAGAGCUGGACGAUGCUAUCGAAUCUUUGAAUGAUUUCAUUAAAGACAAGGUGAAAUUCACAAAGAAACUCGAUAUUCGACCCAUCUACCAUUGGAAUCUGCUUACCAAGAUCGAGGCAAACCAAUUCGUUUUCCUUCAGUCCAAGCAUGGUAAAGUCAAGUUCGCAGAGAAGGAUAAAUCAAUUCAAAUUAGUGGAGUGAAAGAAGACGUUCUACUUGCCUACGAGGAUGUUUAUCAGCUGCUUGCGAAAUUGGUAAAGAAUAUAAUCGUUGUCAAACAUUCAGUUCCCAGUCCAGUCGCAUUGGAACUGCUCAAACCGACUUUCAAUAACAAGUUCCUCGAUAAAUACAAGAUGCUGAUUCAACAGAAUAUAGAUGCCAAUGAAACAUUGAUUUCCAAGAAAGUUGGUGAAACAAUCUUUGAAGUGAAUCGUGGUGACAUUCUUUUGGAAAAGACAGAUUGUAUUGUCAAUGCUGCUAAUGAACAGCUUCAACAUUAUGGUGGUAUUGCUGCUCAGAUUGCCGAUGCGGCCGGUGUCGAAUUCCGUAAGAUGUGUACAGACUUUGUGAAGAAGAAUGGACCAGUUCCUACUGGUAAAGCAAUGGCAACCAGUCCAGGUCGUCUAGAUUUUAAGCUGGUGAUUCAUGCAGUCGCUCCAAUUUGGGAUAGCAACAAGGAUUUAAUAUGUAAGACACUCUUAACCAAAGCAAUUACAGAGUGUCUUAAAUUGGCAAUUGAUAACAAAUGUCUCUCCAUUUCAAUUCCAGCUAUAGGCUCUGGCAUCUUUGGAAUUCCAAAGCCGAUUGCUGCCAAGUGUAUUAUCGACUCUUCAUUGACUUUCAUCAAAUCGAAUCCUGGAAUUCAUAAGAUCAUCUUUUGUGAUCGUGAUGACGAAGUUCUUAAACAUCUCCAUGACGUUCUUGAUAGAAGCACAACAAACCCGUCAACCAACUUCUUCAGUAUGUUUGGCUUUGGUUCAACAAAUUCUUCAACAUCAUCUAUCAAGGAAGCUGUGGAAACACCGGAGCCAUUCAAAUAUUCAAAUGCAACAUUUGAUCCAAUGUAUCAAUGGAAAUGGCAAGAGAAUGACGGUAGUUAUGUAUCCUUCGAUCCAGAUCAAAACUAUCAGAUUGAAAUUGCUUUCCUCAAGAAGGAAAAGAAGUUAGAGGUGCAAGGUGAUAUCAACAUGCAAAAGAAUGGUGACAAAUAUCUCAUUGAUUUGGUGAAUAUGACUGAAAUGAACACCAAAUACAUGAGAAAUUUACGACCAAUCCAAAGAGUCAAGAUGCAUGCCAAGAAGCAAUAUGGAUGGUAUUAUUUGGAUGCCAGAGGACAGCAAGUCAAUCUGAGAGACGUUGGAAAUCAGAUUAGCUUGGCAUUUGAAAGAUCAAUGAAAAUUCGUAUCGAAAAUCCAGAUGCAACAAUCAAUUUCCAAGAUUCAACCAUUUCAUUGUAUGUCAACAAUAGAAUCACCAAUACAUUCCGUUUACGUCAAAAAUCCUAUGAAGAAUCGUUCAAUGACUAUGUUGAAGCCACCAAACCAACUCAAAGAAAUUUGGACAUUAAUUCAAAAGAAGAUGAAGAAUCAGAUUCAGAGAUGGAACCAACUCAAACUAUUCUGAUUAGUUGUCCAAAUGAAGAAUCUUCAAAGAGAUGUGUUGAAUACUUAAAGACAGAGAUUGAGAGUAAUUACCAUGAGAAGAGAAUUGUCCAGAUUACUUCAGAUCAAUAUCAACGUUUGCAACCAGAGCUCAACAAGAUUGCAACAAAUCAUCAUUGUAAAAUUAAGGAGAGUAAAGAAGUAAUCCAACUGGAUGGACCAAUUCAAUAUACUUUGAAUGCAGAGAACAAGAUGAUGAAACUAUUGUUCUCUAUUGUAUCUGAUGGUUCAAUUAAAUACCCAUGGGAUGGCUUUGAAACCAGAUUCUCAGCAAAUGGAAUGUGGGGUCUAGCCACUUAUUUUGCAAAGAAUGCAUCAUAUUCUCAUAACUAUUCAUAUUCAUACACGAGCACUGAAGAUAGUACUAGUAUAUUAUACAAAGUAAAAGCCAGGGAGCAACCACAGCGACAGAUGUUCUUGGCGAGAGUAUUUAUUGGUGAUUGUAUCCAUGUCAUGCCAAAUCAACCACUUAAAAAGCCACCAAAGAAAGAGACAUCCAAAGAAUAUGCUGAAUACUAUGACACUGUUUCUGGUGAGACUCAAGGCAGUUAUGUUUAUAUGGUUUAUGAGAAUAAUCGUGCUUAUCCAGAGUACUUAAUUACAUACUCUUAA